AUGAAUCAUCAAAGAGAUAAUGUGUUAAAUCAUAUGAGAAAGUUAUGGACCAAUUGGAUAGGAUCAUUGCACAAGUAUGUGAAGUCUAAGCCAUUGCAUGAAGCACUAAAAGUCCCGGAGGAGAUAGACAAGAGUGAUUGGGAAUGGUUGGUCAAGGAACAUUUUUUAAGUGAAAAAUUUAAGGAAACAAGUAUUAGAAACUCGAUCAAUAGGUCUAAGUUGAGAAUGCCUCAUCGUACGGGUAGCAAGCCGAUUAGAGAAAUUAUUUACGAACUGGGAGGCAAAGACGGUAAUCCACCGAACAUGGCGACUAUCUUCUUUGAGACUCACAAGAAAAAUGACACGCUUGUAGAACCUGAAGCUGGUGAAAAAUAUGCUGAGAUACAAGAACUGGUACAAUCUGAGCCAUCUCUUACGAAUAUCGAGGUAAUAGAAAGAUGCUUCGAACCUCAAAACAAGAGUCACGUGGUUGGAUUAGGGGGUGGUAUAACCACUAAGGAGUUGAAAGGUGGUAGCUCCUCAAAGGCUGCAAUACUGGCUGAGCUGAAUGCAAUUCGAAAAGAAAAAGAAUCACUACAGACCGAGCUGAAUGCAACUAAAAAGCAAAAGAAUCACUAG